GGGCGCGGGGCGGCAGAGCCCCAUUAGGGCGGGGAGCGGGCGCGGGGCUCGGCCACUCGCGGCGGGCGGCGCAGGCUGCCGGCGGCUGGCGAGGCUCCGGGCGGGCGGUCCCCUCCGCGGUGCUGCCGGAGAUGCGCGUCUGCCGCCGGCGCUGACUCCGCGGGGCAGAGCCGGGUGCCCGCCUGCCGCGCUGUCGAUGCGACGGCCCCCCGCUGCCACUCGCCGCCCAGGAAUACGCCGCCGCGGUUCGGCCGCGCUGCGCGGAGGAUCAAUCGCUUGAUGAGCUGCAGCUGAAAUAUUUAAUACUUCACACUUAUGCCAUUGGAGAUGGACCCCAAGGCCAAUAAUCUCGUCUUCGGGUGUCAGCGAAGCUCAACAUCUGACGAUGACUCUGGGUGUGCCUUGGAAGAAUAUGCCUGGGUCCCCCCUGGCCUCAGACCGGAGCAGGUCCAGCUGUAUUUUGCCUGCUUGCCAGAGGAGAAGGUCCCUUACAUUAACAGCCCUGGAGAGAAGCACCGCAUUAAACAACUUCUCUAUCAGCUGCCACCCCACGAUAAUGAGGUGAGAUACUGCCAGUCUUUAAGUGAAGAAGAAAAGAAGGAGCUGCAGAUGUUCAGUUCUCAGCGCAAAAAGGAGGCACUCGGCCGAGGCACUAUUAAGCUACUCUCAAGAGCAGUGAUGCAUGCAGUUUGUGAGCAGUGUGGUAUGAAAGUAAACGGCGGUGAAGUUGCAGUAUUUGCCUCAAGAGCUGGGCCUGGUGUGUGCUGGCACCCCUCAUGUUUUGUGUGUUUCACAUGUAACGAGCUGCUCGUUGACCUUAUCUACUUCUACCAAGAUGGAAAAAUUCAUUGUGGCAGACACCACGCUGAACUUCUCAAACCUCGAUGUUCAGCCUGCGAUGAGAUAAUUUUUGCUGAUGAGUGUACAGAAGCUGAGGGUCGCCACUGGCACAUGAAGCACUUCUGUUGCCUCGAGUGUGAAACCAUCCUGGGUGGACAGAGAUACAUCAUGAAGGAUGGGCGACCAUUCUGCUGUAACUGCUUUGAAUCUCUCUAUGCGGAAUACUGCGAGACCUGUGGGGAACACAUUGGUGUUGACCAUGCUCAGAUGACCUACGAUGGACAGCACUGGCAUGCCACAGAGACUUGCUUUUCUUGUGCUCAGUGCAAGACCUCUUUGCUUGGCUGCCCUUUCCUUCCAAAGCAAGGGCAGAUUUACUGUUCAAAAACCUGCAGCUUGGGAGAGGAUGUUCAUGCCUCCGACUCUUCUGAUUCUGCGUUUCAGUCUGCUCGAUCCAGAGAUUCCAGGAGGAGUGUCCGCAUGGGAAAAAGCAGCCGGUCAGCCGACCAGUGCCGCCAGUCACUCCUCCUGUCACCAGCUCUCAAUUACAAAUUUCCUGGCCUUUCAGGCAAUGCUGAUGAUACUCUUUCUCGUAAGCUGGAUGAUUUAAGCCUUUCAAGGGAAGAGGCAAGCUUUGUUAAUGAAGACUUCUGGAAAGGAAGAGUAGAGCAAGAAAUGCCUGAAGACCCUGAAGAAUGGGCUGAACAUGAAGACUACAUGACUCAACUUCUUCUGAAGUUUGGUGAUAAAAGCCUCUUCCAGCAGCCCGCGGAAGUAGACAUUAGAUCAAGUGAACACUGGAUUUCUGAUAGUGUCGUCAAAAGCAAGUCGGACUUGAAAAAAAAUAACCCAAGCCUAGCAAGUAAGAAGUAUCAAUCAGACAUGUACUGGGCCCAGUCACAAGAUGGUUUGGGUGACUCUGCAUAUGGCAGCCACCCAGGCCCUGCCAGCAGCAGGAAAAUCCAGGAGUUAGACAUGGAACACGGGGCGUCAGGAUACAAACACGACCAAACACCGUGGUAUGGAGGCUCACUUGAAUGUCUGUCUGACCUCAAACAGCAAGAACAAAGUGUUCGAGACUCAAUGGAUUCUUUGGCUUUGUCUAACAUAACAGGGGCUUCAAUGGAUGGAGAAGGCAAGCCACGGCCAUCUCUGUACUCUUUGCAAACUUUCCAAGAACUGGAGGUAGAGGACUGUGAGAAGAUGAGCAACAUGGGAACUCUGAAUUCUUCAAUGCUCCACCGGAGCACGGAGUCCUUGAAGAGUCUGAGCUCAGAGUUGUGUCAGGAAAAGGUCUUGCCAGAGGAAAAGCCAGUGCAUAUGCCUGUACUGAGAAGAUCCAAAUCCCAGUCUAGGCCUCAGCAAGUGAAAUUUUCAGAUGAUGUUAUUGAUAAUGGAAGUUACGAGAAUCUUGAAAUACGCCAGCCUCCAAUGAGUGAAAGGACUCGUAGGCGUGUUUACCAUUUUGAAGAGCGUGGAAGUCGGCCUUCUCAUCAUCGUAGAAGAAGUAGGAAGUCUCGUUCAGAUAAUGCACUUAACUUGGCCACAGAAAGAAGAUGCUCUCCAAGAGAGAGAUUUCGUUAUUACUCCCCUCAGGAUCAUGAAAAAUUUAUUCAAAAUAGAAGCUCACGGGAGAUUCGGGCAUAUAUUCAAAAUGCAGAGCUGUAUGGACAGUAUGCCCAUACUAGGUCUGAUUAUGCACUGCGGAAUCAGGUGGUUGAUAAAUUUUUUGGAUUGUAUGGUGAGGAAGAUGACUCCUGGUGUUCAACUUCAUCCUCGUCAUCUGAUUCUGAAGAGGAAGGAUAUUUUCUAGGACAGCCGAUUCCACAGCCACGAUCACUGAGAUACCCAUACUAUACAGAUGACCUUUCUGGUCCAACUACUGCAUUAUCUAGUUCUCAGUUUGGACAAAGGACAACCAAAUCAAAGAAGAAGAGGGGACACAAAGGAAAAAAUUGCAUAAUUUCUUAAUUUGUUUUAACAGUUGGGAAGACCAGUCAACUCUGUAGCUACAGUUUGAACCACAUCUUUUUGUAUUAAUACCUGUACUUAGGCAAGUUGCUAAGGUUCUUAAUGCUUUGCCAGUGUAAAUGAUAACCCUGCCAGAGUUUACAUUGUACAAGUAACAUUCAGAAAUGUCACCAUGCCGAAUGAUGAUCUGCUCAGAUAUCGCUAGGUUUACAUACUAUGUCUCAGCUGUUAAAAUACUGUUUCCUGCAGUUCUUGAUACUGACUUUUUGCAGACAUUUUAUUUUAUGCUCACUAUUCAUCUACGUUGAGUUAUCUGAGACAGGGGAUCGAACAAAGAUCAGUAAAUAAAACUGUCGGUCCUGUGCUGUAGCUAUAUCCACAGGGUGAUCUUUGACUUUUCCCUCUUACUGCCAAGAAGAAGGUGGCUCUGUGCUGUGCCCUUUCUUCAUUGAUAAAGCUCACUUUUCCUCCUUCAAGUUUCCUCACAAAAACUGGUUGUUGUUUUUUUUUUUUUAUUUGGGAAAAUGCUCCUUUUUCCAAAGUGUCCACUAUUAAGGAGACAAAAAUCAGAAUGUGGGAGCUGAAAUGCUUGAGGCCUUGAUAUAUCCUAAAGCAGCAGUAAGUCGCUGAUACUUUUAACUUUCAUGGUUUUUCCUCCACAAUUUUUUAAGAAUUCCAUCCCUCUGUAAGGUUUUGGGGUUUUGGUUUUUUUCUUUUGUUUUACAUGCCUUUUUAAAGGAAGAUACUAAUUCAGCUACUGGAACUGGACUUCGCUGCCAGCAAGUGGUAAUAUUUUUGGGCUGUGCCCCCCAACCCCCAGCAGCGAAAGAGAGGGGUACAACUGCUGGAGUCCUUUGCUCAGGCAUGUAACCCCAUUUAAGUCAAUGAAUCUACUUGCGUAACAAAUACUUUCAUAAGGGCUUAAAGGAUUAGGCUCCAGAAUUGUGUCUUUUGGAAUGCAUUAUCCAGGUUUUAAAAUGUAUUAGCUGCAAUUCUAAAUAAAAAAAAACAUUGAUAUUUAUAAUUUAGUAUUUCAUAGGCUUAAAUGUAUUCAUAAUUUAACAGUGCAAAUACUAAUGUACAUAUUGUACAGUUAAAUUUUAAAAGCUGAAUAUUUUUAUAUCCCUGAAUUUGAAGAAGUUUGUUACAAUAUCAGACUAGAUUUGUUAGGGGUUUAACAGCAGCAUUAUGGAUGAAACAUUGCUUGUAUUUUAGUCAGGGGUUUUAAGUUGAAAAAUACUGAAAAAUGUUUAGUGCAAAACAGCUUAAUUUUGUCUACUAGGUAUUAAAAGCUCUGUAUGCAUGGUGGGGCUAUGUAAAUACUCUCUAUGGCCCUCUUAAUCUUGCAAGUGUUAUUUAUGGGUCAAGCAAAAUGUCAACUAUAUAAAUGUAAAAACCACACAAGCCUAGAAUAUAUCAGUGCAACAAAUAUGCAACUCCUGUGGAUGUGGAUUUAUUUUUUAAAAAAUUUAUUAUUAUUCCCCUCCUUUCCCAAAAAUAAUUUCUGAAGUUCACCUACAUAAAGGGAGAGAGAUACUGGGUGGUUCUAGAAGGCAAGCUGGCAAAGAACUAGAAAGUAGCAGGUAAUCUCAAAGGAAGCCUUGAAUUCAUAUGUGGAGCAGGAGCUAUUUUAAGUUAUAGUAAACUUCUUCCACUGUUCUUAAUGAAGGGCAGAAAUAGUUGAAUUAAGUGGCAUCCACCAAUUAAGACAGUAAAGGCUAAAGCCAUUGGCUUUCUGACCACCUGAAGAAAGGUAACUAAUUAAAUAAUAGAUGCUUCUUACCAAAGACGCCUGGCAAACUGAACUAAGCUUGCCCUUGAGAGGAUAGAGCAGUUUGGAAAUAAAGGCAGCUAGAAGUAAGGGAGGGAACGGACACAUGAGUAUUGGCUUACACCAAAGAACAUGAAGCUAUUGCUAAGGCUAAACCAGACUAGCAGUUACCUGCUUGUAUUUUUUCAGGGUAGAGUAAGCAAAAGACCCUUUUCUCCCAGAGGUGGUAUUCACCAUGUAAGUCACUUUUCUAGUACAAACAAGUCUUGUGUACAUGAAGGCUGAUCAAAGUAAUAUGCUACGUUGCAUGGGCCAGUGGGCAGCUCCUGGGAUGCUUCCAGCUGGCAGGCUGCUGUGGUGGCUUAGGCAGCAUUUGCUUUCCUCGCAGCCAAACGCCUGUUGUACUUAAGUAUGUUACAGCCAGCAGGCUGCCAGGGUUUACAGGACUUGAGGAGAGAUGCUGACUUCUAAUACUUCCCCCAGGAUGCUCAAACAAUGCUUGGGACCUUCCAUUCUUACCUGUGUUUCCAAAUACGGGGAACCAGGAUUCAGAAAUGAAAUGCUGUGCUGCUACUGCUGUCUCUUUUUUUGGAGCAAGUAACUGUCUCAUGGAGACAUGUCUCUCCACGAGUAGUUCUUCCGAUCUUACAUCGUCUCCCGAGAUAACAGCAUACAUGGUCUCCCAAAGUGCAAUGUCUUAUGGAGUACUAGAUGAUAAAAGUUUUCCGUAGAUUGUUAGUUCCUUCUUAAAAAAAUAAAUAAUAUCCAACUAUUUGA